AGUGCCACCAAGCCCGCCAGUGUCCGGAGCUGCUGCCGGGCGAGGAUACACGGAGCCCGAGGGGUAGGUUGGAAAUUCUUGUCCAGGGAAAAGGAAGCAAGAGCCUGUUGCCGGUGUUGCUUCAAAAUACACGCCGUCUCUUUAGCUCGAGCUUAAGAACCUCCCCGAGGAUAUUUACCAGAGCGUCAGGAGUGAUAACUACUAUCUGGGAGCUGAAUUGGGAAAAAAGGACAGGAGAGAAAGAAUGGUUAGGUAACACGGGACUUAAAGCUUUGCUUUCGUUUUGCAACGUACAAAUUGAUGCACAAGCUUUUAUAUGCAGUAUUAACAUCAAAAUAGAACUAGGUUCUGCAGUGAAAGAGUCGAUAGCUUAGUCAUUUUACUUAAAGGGAGCAGGCAGCCUUAUUAUGGGGUUAGACAGCAAAAUUGAAUUUUAUCAUAUGAUCAUAUCUCAUGAUGGUAUCAAACUGUAGUCCUGUUUUAUGGGGCAGAAAAAGCAUACUUCCUUCCUUCUUUCUUAGUUGAAGAAAUAAACCCACAGAACAAAUUCAGAAAGUUUGGGUUUGUUGUACAUGGCUAUUAAACAUCAUCCUGGUCCCUGGGCUUGUAAGAAAGCAAAACUGCAUUAAAGUCAUCACUGAUGAAUAUGUGUCUAAGAAAGAAGAAAAAGCAAUAUUUGUUUCUGAACAUGGCAAAGCAGUCUGAGAUUCCACAUCUCCCCCUAACCACUGAUUUGGCACGGAUGACAAGAAACUAUCUUUUGACUAACCUUUUCCAACUGUGCAAAAUGCUGCAUAUGAAGAUGCUUUAAUUCCCAAAGCACUUGGAUUUUUAUCAAGGCAAACUGUUGGCAUUGUCAUAACAUUGUCUGUAUACUGAUUAGUUUAAUGUUUUUUAAGUAGCAACUGAUGCAUAAAUGGAUGGACGUGUACCUAGAAAACCCCGUGAGAAGUCUUUCUUCGGAUCCUGGGCAUUUUUAUUUUUAUGGAUUACAGUAAUUCUUGCAAUAAUCCCUGCUGUUAACUGCUCAUGCAGUUGUUCUGGAAUGCAUCUAUGAAUACCAUAACAGAUAAAUCUCACUGACAAGGAAAAUACGAAUGUUGGAAGAUCUGUGAACAUGAUGCAUGUGAAUAAUUUCCCCUUUAGGAGGCAUUCAUGGAUAUGUUUCGAUGUAGACAAUGGUACAUCAUCGGGACGAAGUCCCUUGGAUCCUAUGACGAGCCCUGGAUCAGGGCUAAUUCUUCAGGCAAAUUUUGUCCACAGUCAGCGUAGGGAGUCUUUUCUUUACCGGUCAGACAGUGACUAUGACUUAUCUCCAAAGUCUAUGUCCAGGAACUCCUCCAUUGCCAGUGAUAUACACGGAGAUGACUUGAUUGUGACACCAUUUGCUCAGGUGCUGGCCAGCCUGCGUACUGUACGGAAUAACUUUGCUGCACUAACAAAUUUACAAGAUCGGGCACCCAGCAAACGAUCGCCAAUGUGUAACCAACCAUCUAUCAACAAAGCAACUAUAACAGAGGAGGCCUACCAAAAACUGGCCAGCGAGACCCUGGAGGAGCUGGACUGGUGCCUGGACCAGCUGGAGACCCUGCAGACAAGGCACUCCGUCAGCGAAAUGGCCUCGAACAAGUUUAAAAGAAUGCUCAACCGGGAGCUAACCCACCUAUCUGAAAUGAGCAGGUCAGGCAAUCAGGUCUCAGAAUAUAUAUCAAACACAUUCUUAGACAAGCAACAUGAGGUUGAAAUCCCUUCUCCAACACAGAAAGAGAAAGAGAAAAAGAAGAGGCCAAUGUCCCAGAUCAGUGGAGUCAAAAAACUGAUGCACAGUUCCAGCCUAACUAAUUCCAGUAUUCCCAGAUUUGGAGUUAAAACAGACCAAGAAGAUGUUCUUGCCAAGGAACUAGAAGACGUGAACAAAUGGGGCCUUCAGGUUUUCAAAGUAGCAGAGUUAUCUGGAAACAGACCUUUGACAGUCAUUAUGUACACCAUUUUUCAGGAACGGGAGUUGUUAAAAACAUUUAAGAUUCCAGUAGAUACUUUAAUAACUUACUUGAUGACCCUGGAAGACCAUUACCAUGCAGAUGUGGCAUAUCACAAUAACAUACAUGCUGCAGAUGUUGUUCAGUCAACCCACGUGCUGCUAUCAACCCCAGCAUUAGAGGCAGUGUUCACUGAUUUGGAGAUCCUUGCAGCAAUUUUUGCCAGUGCAAUACACGAUGUAGAUCAUCCAGGAGUUUCAAACCAGUUUCUUAUCAACACAAAUUCUGAACUCGCCUUGAUGUACAAUGACUCAUCAGUACUGGAGAAUCAUCACUUAGCUGUGGGCUUCAAGCUGCUGCAGGAAGAAAAUUGUGAUAUUUUCCAGAAUUUGACAAAAAAACAAAGGCAAUCAUUGAGGAAAAUGGUCAUUGACAUUGUACUUGCAACAGACAUGUCUAAGCAUAUGAAUCUAUUGGCUGAUUUAAAAACUAUGGUUGAAACAAAAAAAGUGACCAGUUCUGGUGUCCUACUUCUUGAUAACUAUUCAGACAGGAUUCAGGUCCUUCAGAAUAUGGUGCACUGUGCAGAUCUGAGCAAUCCAACCAAACCACUCCAUCUCUACCGCCAAUGGACAGACAGAAUAAUGGAGGAAUUUUUUCGUCAGGGAGAUCGGGAAAGAGAGAGGGGGAUGGAGAUAAGUCCCAUGUGUGAUAAGCACAAUGCAUCUGUAGAAAAAUCACAGGUGGGUUUUAUAGACUACAUUGUCCAUCCUCUGUGGGAGACAUGGGCAGAUCUUGUUCACCCUGAUGCCCAGGAUAUCUUAGAUACGCUGGAGGACAAUCGAGAAUGGUACCAGAGCACAAUCCCUCAAAGUCCCUCUCCUGCACCUGAUGACCAGGAAGAGAGUAGGCAGGGACAAACUGAAAAAUUCCAGUUUGAACUAACACUGGAGGAAGAUGGUGAGUCAGACACUGAAAAGGACAGUGGAAGUCAAGUAGAAGAAGAUACCAGCUGCAGUGAUUCCAAGACUCUUUGCACCCAAGAUUCAGAAUCCACUGAAAUUCCUCUUGAUGAGCAAGUAGGGGAAGAAGCUGAAGAGGUGGAGAACCAGACAGAACCUUGUGUAGUAGAAGACCAUUCUCCUGACACGUAACAAUGAAGAUGAAGUGAUUUUGUCUUGCCCUCUCCCUUUAUUUUCCUCUUUGUGUUUGUUUUGUUGGUGGUGUUUUUGUUUGGUGGUGUGGAUUUUUUUUUGUAAUAGUUGUUUGUUUGUCUUUGCUGUUGUGUU